AUGGAAACUGUAGAAAUGAAUAGUGUAUCCUUGAAACGUCCUCGCUCUGAGGACAAUGUGGCUAAUGCAGACGAAAUUAAAAGACAGAAGAUCUCGGAGAAGUCUAAGACAGGGAACGACUCUAGGCAGAGUGUUGAGACUGUAACAGAACAACCUGACAAAUCUCUGCUUGAGGACAUGAAAAAUGAAAUAAUCCCCAAUGAGGAAAGUGAGGAGCAGGAAGAUGAGGAACUAGAGGACAGUGAUGAAGAUGGAGAUCCAGAGAGCUUUGCAGACAUGAUGAAGCAUGGACUGACAGAAAGUGAUGUUGGCAUAACUAAAUUUGUUAGCUCUCAUAAAGGGUUUUCUGGAAUCUUAAAAGAGAGAUACUCAGACUUUGUUGUCCAUGAAAUAGGCAAAGAUGGACGUGUGAGCCAUUUAGAUGACUUUUCUGUUCCAGUGGAUGAUGAGGACCCAUCAGAAGAAACAUUUACAGUUUUAUCGGAUGAAGACAAGCAACGUUUAGAGGAACUUCAGCUUCUUAAGAAUAAGGAAACUAGUGUUGCCAUAGAGGUAAUUGAAGACACCAAAGAAAAAAGAACAGUUAUCCAUCAGGCUGUGAAGUCCUUGUUUCCUGGACUGGAGACUAAAACAGAAGAUCGAGAUGGAAAAAAAUACAUUAUUGCUUAUCAUGCUGCUGGGAAAAAAGCACUGGCAAAUCCAAGAAAACACUCUUGGCCAAAAUCUAGGGGAAGCUACUGCCACUUUGUACUGUACAAGGAGAACAAGGAUACUAUGGAUGCCAUAAAUGUCCUCUCCAAAUUUUUAAGAGUGAAGCCAAACAUAUUUUCCUACAUGGGAACUAAAGAUAAAAGGGCUAUAACAGUUCAAGAGAUUGCUGUUCUUAGAAUCACUGCACAAAGACUUGCUCAUUUGAAUAAAUGUUUGAUGAACUUCAAAUUAGGAAAUUUCAGUUACAAGAACCAUCCACUGAAAUUAGGAGAACUGCAAGGGAACCAUUUCACUGUUGUUCUCAGAAACAUAACCGGAACUGAUGACCAGAUAGAGCAAGCAAUGCACUCUCUCAGGGAAAUUGGAUUCAUUAAUUACUAUGGAAUGCAAAGAUUUGGAACCACAGCUGUUCCUACAUAUCAAAUUGGCAGAGCUAUUCUACAGAACAAUUGGAAUGAAGUAAUGGAUUUGAUAUUAAAACCACGACCAGGAGCUGAGAAGGGAUACUUAGUAAAAUGCAGAGAAGAAUGGGCAAAGACUAAAGAUCCAGCAGCAGCCCUCAAGAAACUACCUGUAAAAAGGUGCGUGGAAGGACAGCUUCUACGUGGACUCUUAAAGUAUGGAAUGAAGAACAUAAUCGCUGCAUUUGGCAUAAUACCAAGAAAUAAUCGUUUAAUGUAUAUUCAUAGCUACCAGAGUUAUGUGUGGAAUAAUAUGGUGAGCAAGAGAAUAGAAGAAUAUGGGCUUAGAGCUGUACCAGGAGAUCUCACACUUAAAGGAGCCACAGCUGUUCAUAUCGAAGAAGGAGAUGUUGAUAAUUACACUAUCCAUGAUGUAGUGAUGCCAUUGCCUGGAUUUGAUGUUAUUUAUCCAAAGCAUAAAAUUGGUGAGGCCUACAAGGAAAUGCUAGUAGCUGACAAUCUCGAUAUCAACAACAUGAGGCAUAAGAUCAGAGAUUAUUCACUUUCUGGAGCAUACAGAAAGAUUAUCAUUCGACCUCAGAAUGUCAGUUGGGAGGUUGUUGCAUAUGACGAUCCCAGAAUCCCAUUAUUUACUACGGAUUUGGAUAAGCUGGAAGGAAAACCGUUACCAGUUCUUCCUACAGACGGUAAAUUCAGGGCACUGAAGAUGGAGUUCUCCCUUCCCCCAUCCACUUAUGCUACCAUGGCAAUUCGAGAAGUUUUGAAAAUGGACACAAGCAUAAAAAACCAGACACAGCUGAAUACUACCUGGUUACGCUGAAUGAACUGUAAAGACGACUUAGAUUUUAACAUCUAUAAAGUGUUUUCCUAUUUACAUGAUCUGUACAAAUCUUUAAAGACUGGUAGUAAGAGAUUUGUAUUUUUUUAAGUUUUUUUAGUGCUAGCAUUUAACUUCAGUAGUCAUUUGCAAGAUGGUGGUUGUAAUAUAAUACAGAUCUUAGUGAGUGGUGCUUUUUAAUGAAUAAGUUGCCUGAGCUGUAACAUGGGCGCAUCUUUAAGAAAUGGGCUUCUAAGUUUCAGACCUGGAAAAAUGUUUCACUUGCCCUUUUUUUUUUUUUUUUUUGGCAAGCACUGAAUGUUUUCAUGAGUUCAGCACAACUUGAAGACUCUUCAAAUACAUUAAAUAACAGGUUAGGAAAAUGAGUUGCAACAAAAUUAAGAUA